AUGGCUCUUGAUAGCACAAUAACUUCACCUCAUCGGAGGUCACAGCCACAGACUGCAUUCUCUUCUUCUUCUCCUAAGAAACAGUACUCACGAAGUGAUGAACUGGGAAGCUGUUCAACUCUUUUUCUGCGACACCGGUUUCUUCUCACCGCUCUUGCCCUCCUAGCAUUUCUGUGCACUAUUUAUCUUUACUUCGCUGUGACUCUUGGGGCUAGCGGUUCAUGUUCUGAAUUGACCGGAGCUCAAAAAGCCUCGUGUCACUUGCAGCAGGCAAAGGCAUCUGUUGCUAAGGGAAAACUGAAAUUCUUCUAG